AUGAAGCCUAUUUUACAGAAGAAACUUAGAACCGCAGGAACAAAACAACUAACGAUAAACAUUACCAUUGUAGACGAGCGUCAGAAAGUACUUUUUUACUGUUGUUGUACUAUUUUAUUGUUGUACUAUUUUUCGGUUGUAGUGUUAUUUUAUUGGAUUAAAGCAGUCACAGAGGGAACAAUUCCCAAAAGGGACAUAACUCUGAUCCGUUUUGACAAACAUUCCAGUUUAGCCGCACCAUUUCUAUUGGAAGGAUAUCCUUUGAAUCAAAUACCGACGCUGGAAAUGAUUAAGUACCUUUUGCAGUCCAAUGAUCAGUAUGUAAUGGCAGCUUUACUCACUGGUCUGAUAAGGGAGGUAAUCUGGAUUUGGCCAAAAUGGGACUACAAGAGUCAUUUUGAGAAAUACUCCCUCAGUUUUAUACAGGCUGGCUUGACAAAUGUCAAGGAUAACAAAAAUAAACAGGAAAUCUGUAUGUGCAUAUUUGAUUCUGACAGCGGUGAAAAUACUUGUUUCCAUAACUCGGUGUCAGAUAUGGAGAGUGGCGUGGUGAACAUAGAUUACACGAACUGUGACGUGGAGCACACAGUAAAAUAUGUGGAAAUUAGUGAAGAUCUGGCUGCUGAAUAUUUCAAAAGAAAGUAUGACGGAGGGAAAUCCAGUGCAGAAACAAUUCUGGAUAUAGAUGUCGACUUUUUAAACUUUAUGGAUGCAAAUACAAUUCUUUUCCAAGCCAACGUGAGUCGACUUGUUCUAGAGGAUCUAGAUUCUAAUUUAUCUCGUCUAUUCUGUCCAAAAAAUGGAGCAGAGGAAACUGUUAUUGAUAAACUAAUCACUGAAUUUAUACAUUUUGUUCUGUUUCACAAAAACAGAAAAAGUUCCGUUUUUAAUACCAGAUUCACAAAAUUUUAUGAAUAUGGAAUGAAAUAUUUCCGCACACGUGAUAGCAAAUGGCUUCCAUACACUUGUUCAGUAACAGCAGGCCAGAAAAAUCUCUUUCUUAAACGUUUUGUGCGAACAAUAGUGACUCUGUCAAGUCCCCAGCUAGAUGUUAUAAAAGAAACAGGAUUUUGUCUCAGUACCGUGCGACAGAGUGUCAAAGAACUACCAGAGAAACAGUUCACAAUAUGUGCGAGUGACAGUAAGCAAUCCAAUACAGAGGGGUUUGAUUUUAAUCCGGAAACGAUAAGAGGAAGACUUCAGAACUUCACAGAUACAUUACAGCACAUAUCAAAGUCCCCUGUGAGGCUAGUGACAGUCUGUAGGUCUGUCCGUGAUGGCUAUACACACAGAGCAUCAGAGUCCUACUUAGAGAGAUUGAUCCUCAAUACAUUACAAAAGAAACUCUCAAACACCAAAAUCUGUUACGAUCACAAUCUUCUUGGAGGAAAAAUAGGUUUCAGGACAAACAAGCAAAAAUGAUUUUGUUUUAUCCGUUAUCAAAGUUCUGGAGACUAGUUGUGGUCUCUUUGAAUCUUUCCCUGUGCCUAAGUCUCUUUGUUCUGUCUCAUUCUGGUCUCCGCUUUAACUUUUCUUUCUAACUUUUGAAAUAACAGAGAGUUCGUAUUUGGUUAAAUAAUUUUCAUUAAUUAUCACCCUCCUCAUGGUCACUUGGGAGAGCGCAGCUUAAUAUUUAACAGAACUGUAAAUUAUGUGACUGAUUUAUACUUGGAGAGACAUUUUCGUCGAAUUCAUCCACGUUACAAGUGGGUUACGCUCGAAAGCAUCCAAACUCCGUGUACACAUUUAAUCAUAUAUUUGAAACAUAUAAUUCUUCGCUUUUUCCCUCAUGAUAUAUGAGAAAAUUUUCUCCCAAAGCUUUAGUUUCAAUAAAACAUCAAUGUUCAUUCGUUCAAGAUUUGUUUACUUACUAAAUUACGUCAAUUGCUUACUAAAAUUUGUUUGAAUUAAAGACGUAAAGUGUGUCUACACUUGUUGUUUGUGUCACAGUUCUAGUGGGACGUAGUAAUGUAUAUCGACCCUUGGUGUCACAGGGCUGGUAGUUUCUAUCCAACUUUGAUGUUUGUGCAACAGUACUUGUGGUGUGUAAUCACCCUUGCUGUUUGCUUCACAGUACUAGUGGUGUGUAUAGUCCAAUCCACACUUUGCAAAAGCUGUGUCGCUUGGCGGGAUCAAAAAGGAAAGAUCUUUAUGCUACCAAACAUUUGGAUGGGCUCCGAUUCAUUACUUUGUUUAUUUUUUUCUUUCGAUGUUUGUGUAGCCUUAUCCUGUGCACAAGAUGUUCAGAAUUUUUCCAGUCAAAUUACAAGGUUACACCAGAAAACUACAAAGGCUACUGUGGGGAUUCUAUGAGUUUUCCCCUAAGACAUAAGGGACAUAACUCUUGAAAAGUGUGGAUUCAACUAUUGAGCCUUGGUGUUUAUGUCACAGUACUAGUUGAUGGAAAUGCGUAUCCACCCUUGGUGUUUGUGUCACAGUUUAAGUUGGAGGUAAUAUGUAUCCAUCCUUGGUAUUCGUGUCACAGUAUAAGACUUAGUGAGUAUAAGUAUAAAAACACCUUUUCACACCUGCUCCUCAGAAAAAAAAAAGAAAUCUUGCAAUAUCUAAAAUGAUAGGAUAGUAAACAGUAUCUAAAUAAUUUUAUUUAUCUAAUCAUGACAAUCAGCACAUGGCGGGAGUCACCAGUCGGCAGGGGAUGUUACUCCUCUAUGGCACCCGAUCACACCUUUUUUUCAGAGUUGAUUCUUCUCAUUAUUUUAUUAUAAGUUUUAAUGGACUUUUGAGAAUGAUUGCUGUUCGGCAUCUUCACUUAUAUUUUAUUGCCUGGAUAUAUGAGAAAAGAAACUAAAUGAUUUUUGAAAUGCAUAACAUUUUUCUCGUAUCUCAUUGUGUUAUUUUAUGUGUACACAAUAA